AUGGAGAGCGGAAAGAAGCUGACCAGAAACGAUAGACUAAUGCUCGGUGGUGAUGGUCGAUGUGACUCUCCUGGACAUAGUGCUAAAUACUGUACAUAUUCUUUAAUGGACCUAAAUACGAAAUUUCUGAUAGAUUUCAGCCUCGUUCAAGUCACACAGGCAGGAAACUCUAUGAGGAUGGAAAAGUUAGGUUUGCAAAAUUGUAUCAAAUCUGUGGAAUCAGGUGGGUUGGAAAUUGACAUUCUUGCUACAGAUCGACAUGUACAAAUUGCCAGUAUGAUGAAAAAGGAGCCUGAAUAUCAACAUAUUAACCACCAGUUUGAUGUUUGGCAUUUGGCAAAGAGCAUAUCAAAAAAAUUGCUUCGUACAGCAAAGAGAAAAGAAUGUGAAGGCUUACUGCCGUGGAUAAAAUCAAUUAAGAAUCACCUGUGGUGGUCCAGUGCCACAUGCAACGGCGACUCAAAGCUUUUAAAAGAUAAAUGGACUUCUAUAUUAUGUCACGUUUCAAAUGUACAUUGUUGGAUUCCUAAAUUGACAUCACUGUGUAAAUGCGCUCACGAACCACUAAAUGAAAAAGAUGUGCACGAAAUUAUGUGGUUAACUGUGGGGUCUCCACCAUAUGAAGCACUUAAAAAUGUUGUCUUAAACAAAAGACUUCUAAACGACACAGAUGAUCCUUCAUUCCUGGUAGAUGACAGCACUGAUGAUGAUAGCGACUCAGCCUCAGACUCCGAAGAUGAAAGCGACCACCGUCCAAGCAAAGUUGCAUAG